ACCGCCUCGCCAUUGUCUCUACGACUGCCAAGUUUAUUAUAAACACUGCGAGCAGCUCAGAAGCAGUGCACUGUCAAAGAGGGCUCUGGAUAGCAAGAAAGACAGUCAGAGAGAGAGAGAGAGAGAGAGAGAGAGAGAGAGAGUGAGCGAGACACAGAGAGAGAGACAGUGGGUAACGUAUAUGUAUGAGAGGGAGAGUUGACAACACCGAGUCUGAGAAUACACCACAGGACUGGAAACAGCGCAUUAGUUUGAGACAAUAGAAAAGAACAGAUCAGGAUUUAAGCAGGGAAACGAGAGAGCUAAAAAAAAAAAAAAGAAUUAAAAAUCCUGACACCAUCUUUUGCAUCCUUAUUCGGUGCUUGAACCCAAGCCUUAUAUUUUUUUUAUUUAUUUUUUUUAAAUUUUUUUACAAAACCGUUUCUUUACUCUUUCGCUUUGAAGCGCGCUCGCCAGAGUUUGCCUGCUGCCUCCCAUGUACAAAAUGGAUUACUCUUACCUGAACACCUACGACUCGUGCAUGGCAGCGAUGGAAGCCUCGGCCUAUGCUGACUUCAGCUCGUGCAGCCAAGCCAACACAUUCCAGUACAACCCCAUUCGGACCAGCUUUGGGGCCAACCCGGGGUGCCCGCCUCUGAGCACGGCCAGCUGCACACUAGGCGCCCUGAGGGACCACCAGCCCGCCCCUUACUCCACAGUACCCUACAAGUUCUUCUCCGACCCCUCUGGGCUGAACGAGAAGCGGAAACAGAGGCGGAUCCGAACGACUUUCACGAGCUCGCAGCUGAAGGAGCUCGAGCGAGUGUUCGCGGAGACUCACUACCCCGACAUUUACACAAGAGAGGAGCUGGCGCUCAAGAUAGACCUCACCGAAGCCAGAGUCCAGGUUUGGUUCCAGAACAGACGCGCCAAGUUCCGCAAGCAGGAGCGUGCUGCCAACUCCAAGGGAGGCAGUAACGGCAACAGCAGCAGUGGGAACUCAGGCACCAAGAAGGGAGACCCUAGGUCCUCAUCGGAGGAUGACGAAUCAAAAGAGUCGACAUGCAGCCCAACACCAGACAGUACCGCCUCCCUCCCUGGCUCCGGGAACAUGGGCAGCCCUGGGAGCAGCCUGAGCCCCAGCCCAGUGUCCGUGUCUACAGGUGCAGCAGGCUAUGGGAAUGCCCCUUCCUGUGUGCCCCAGGCUCUGAAAGCCCCAGCCUGGUCCAGUAUCGGAACCUCAAGCGGUGGUGGUCUCAACCCCAGUGGAGUCCCAAGCUCUGAGCUCUUGAAGACCUGGCAGCCUGCAGACAGCAUGGUGGGACCCUUCGCUGGAGUGCUCUCCAGCUUCCACCGGAAACCCAACGCCCUCAAGACAAACCUGUUCUAGAAACAUACCAAUGGACUACUCUCCAGCCAGACUCCUUCUGCUUAAUUCACCUGGAGGCCCUGGUUUGUAGGAGGGAGAGAAUGGGGUGGAGAAAGUAAAAUGCUUUCACCUCCCCCCCCCCCCCCCCCAAUAUUUAAUGCCACAAAAGUAGUACAAUUUAAGACUACUGUUCGAGAAAAGCCUUGGACAAUUCUAGAACCAAACUUUUGUUUUCCAGUAUUAUGAUACAGUAUCAGAGCUUUGGAGGAAACAGAGGGGUGUACUUUUAUAUAAUACCAUUCAGUAUUCUAUAAGGCAGGGUUCACAGAGUGCUUUACAGGGCUCAUUAUCUUGUAAGAAAAACACAGCUAAAACAAGGUAUUGAUUGCCUUUACCUAAAAACUCUAAAUACUGAAAAAAGAAACCACAUGCUAUCAAACCAGCACAUGCCACUCUAAUUGAGUAAUGUACUAGCAUGCUACUGUGGAGUUUAGUUAGUGAACUGGUUUAAUUACCAGUUAACAGCAGCACAUCCAACUUUUUAUAAAGAACAAAUAACCAUUUGGGUGUAAUCUAUAGACUAUAGCUCCUGAAAAAAAAACUUAAUAAAAUUAAUAAAUUAUACGUGACCAAAACGUAAUAAUAAUAAUAAUAAUAAUAAUAAUAAUAAUAAAAGAAAAAAUAAUAAUUUAUUGAACAAAAAAAGGCUUUUAUUUAUGGUCAUACUUUUUUUUAAGUUAGUAAUAAAUAUUGUAAUGUAAUAUUAUUUGUAAAUAUUAUAUAAAUAUUAGGUAGUGUAGUUUUUUUGUUGAGUAAUAACAAUUCAGACAUUCCAAAGAGAAGUUGUUUAAGCCAAUGCCAGCCUUUCAUCUGCCUUCCUUCCUCAGUCCUUAGGUAGUGAACCACACAGCUCACAAGCCUUGUUACAGCCUGAUUGACCACACAUAGGAACAACAGCUUUAUGGCAAAAUAUAUACCACAAGUAGGAAACUUUUACCAGGUGCACCACAUAUUGUUGGAUACACUGAAAUACCAUAGUGAUCCAACUAAAUCUGGCAGCAACUUUCAAGAGUUUAAAAUGGUUUUCAGUGCUUCGUGGUUCAGUUUUUCCCUCCAAUUGUUCUUAAUUUUUAACCAGAUUGCCAAUAAUGUUGUCCUUUUUUAACUUCUGGAUUUUUUGUGUUUUAAAUUUAUAUGUGCCAACCCAAGCACUAUGUUUUCAAAGUGUAGCAGAUGCAACCACACAGGCUCUCAAUGGAGGCUGGAUUUCUACUGCAAAACAUCCUCUGUCCUUGGUUCUAUCCAAAGAACUGAUUCGGGUUAGCAUUGGUAGCAAGAAGGCUGUUGGCUGUAUGUGUGUGUGUUUGUUUGUGUAGUGGAAAGGACUAUAAUGGAUGGAAGACUUUGAAAACUCUGUACAGCUGCUAAUAAUAAUAACAAAAAACAACGAUUUAAAACAAAACGUAUUUGCUUAAACACUGUAUAUUUUUUCAAAUGUGUGAUAACUGUUACGUUAUAAUAAAAUACUACACCAAGA